GGGCAGUGUGCCCUCACGGCAAAUUACGUAGUAUUGACAAAUGAGGAAGUGAUUAUUAUGUUGUUUUUUUCAACGCUAAACCUUCUGUGGCUCUUCAUGGGGGCUACAAUUGAAACACGAUGAGACUUUGGUUGAACAAUAAAGAGCUGCAUAAUUCUACCAACCAGGCUUAGGCCUGGUCACACUAUGUUCCUCCUGUCUAGUCUUCUUCUUGACCCCCCCUCCCAGGAACAGUAAAUAGUUACAGUAACAUGUCUUCAGACCCACCUCAGUCGCCCACAGUGGCUAAGACAGAGGUGACUGUUGAAGGAGAAUGCCCUAUCUUCGCUGCCACCUUUGCCUACUGGGACAACAUCCUGGGCCCGCGGGUGUGUCACAUCUGGGCUCCCAGGUGCGAGCAACCACUGUUGCUGAGCGAUGGCGAAGUCACCUUCCUGGCCAAUCACACGCUGAACGGGGAGAUUCUGCGCAGCACAGAGUGCGGCGCCGUGGAUGUCAAAUUCUUCGUCCUAGCUGAGAAGGGUGUCAUCAUCAUCUCGCUCAUCUUCGACGGCGAGCUGAAGGGUGACAAGAACACCUGUGCCCUGUCCAUCAUCCUGCCGCAGACAGAGCUGGCCUUCUACCUGCCCUUGCACAUGGUCUGUGUGGAUCGGCUCAAACACAUAAUCCGCAAGGGACGCAUCUGGAUGCAAAAGGGCUACAACAUAAUUUCUGUGCUGUCAUCAGAGAUUGUCCCCAUCAUGGAGCUGCUGUCAUCCAUGAAGACACACAGUGUCCCAGAGGACAUAGACAUCAAGGACACCAUCCUAAAUGACGAUGACAUCGGAGACGGCUAUCAUGAAGAUUUCCUGCACAAGGCAGUCAGUUCUCAUCUCCAAACUUGUGGCUGCUCCAUGGUGGUCGGAAGCAACCCAGACAAAGUCAACAAGGUAGUGCUCACGCUGUGCCUCUUCCUCACCCCUGCUGAGAGGAAGUGCUCUCGGUUCUGUAAAGCUGACUCUACUUUCAAGUAUGACACAGGACUGUUUGUACAAGGCCUCCUCAAGGACUCCAUGGGCAGUUUUGUCUUGCCCUUCCGCCAGGUGCUGUACUCACCCUACCCGACCACGCACAUCGACGUGGACAUCAACACGGUGAAGCAGAUGCCGCCCUGCCAUGAGCACACACACAUUCAGCGGCGCUACAUGCGCUCAGAGCUCAGCGUGCUCUGGAAGGUGGCCAGCGAAGAGGACAUCGCCCCCGACACUGACACCGGCAUCCACACUGACGAGUCCUUCACCCCCGACCUAAAUGUUUUUCAGGACGUUAUGCAUAAAGACACCCUGGUAAAGUCAUUUAUAGAUGAGGUGUUCAUGCUGAAGCCAGGUCUCAAUCUGCGAAGUACUUACUUGGCCCAGUUCUUGCUGAUCCUUCACAGGAAGGCGCUCACACUACUCAAAUACAUUGAAGAUGAGACGUGAGUUACCUCUCACCAUGGAAGCAGAUGCAAAAGGGAAAGAAGCCUUUCCGAUCCUUGCGCAGCUUGAAGACCGACCUCGACCUGAUGGUGGAAGGCGACCUGAAUAUCAUCAUGGCGUUGGCUGAAAAGCAAAGGGCUGGACUGCACUCCUUUGUAUUUGGGAAGCAAUUCUACACCAGUGUACGGGAGCGAGAUGUGCUCAUGAGCUUUUGACUCUUACUCUCAUGACAUGUUUAUCAGCUUUUAAGAAAUGGGAAAGAAAUUGACAUAUGACUUGUCCAAAAGCUGCCUUUUACUAGGUUACAUGUUUUGUCCACUAAAGAGGGUUGAAGUGUUAAAAAUAAAUACAGUAUGACAACCAGAAUAUCAGAUGCCCAUUUAAAGUCCAAAAACUUUGUGCUGCUGUCCUUUAUUGCUAAUCUUCAUUGUUUUAUUCAAAGCAUGAGUCUAGUGUCUUCCAUGUCUGUGUUGUACAACAAGCCCUUGAUGGGACUCCACUUUAUUUGUGAAACUUAAAUUGUUUGGAUACUAUUUAUAUCAAUAAUACCACACUGAUUGUACAACAAUUGGUACUUCCUCUAUCUAUGACUGAAGGACCACAACAGCCAUGUCCAGGUUAUGAACCAUGUAUUGCCCUUUUGCAGUAUGCACUGUAUGGCUGAGCAUUCAUGCUGAUUGUUGACUAGAGACAGGUUUGUUUAAGUUUGACAUGUACAUCAUGAUGUGUAUAGAAUUGAAUUGUCUUGACAUUAUUUUGUCAUCAUAAUUACUGUUUGACAUGAUACUAAAUGUAUCGUAAUGUGUGUAAGGCUUUAUCAUGUGGCAACUUUGACUCAUCUCACAGUGGCCUUAACUUACAGUAUUUUCUCACUAGCUUUCAUUUGGUAGAUGUGGUUAAUGGUAUAUACUAGUGAAACCAUAAUGUUAUUAACCCCACUUGCCUUCAUGCUGAUGCAGCGUUGUUCUCUAACAUUUGUAAAUGCAUCCAUGAUGAUAAAAACAUUUGUCAAUACAAAAUGGUA